CUAGUGCCAUUAUUAAUACAGCACCAAGUGCCUAUAUUAAUACAACACCUAGUACCAUUAUUAAUACAACACCUAGUACUAUUAUUAACAGAGCACCUAGGUACCUUUAUUAAUACAACACAUAUUACCAUUAUUAAUACAACACCUAGUGCCAUUAUUAAUACAACACCAAGUGAUUAUAUUAAUACAACACCUAUACCAUUAUUAAAACAACACCUAAUGCCAUUAUUAAUACAACACCUAGUACCAUUAUUAAAAGAACACCUAGCCAUUAUGCCAUUAUUAAUACAACACCUAGUACCAUUAAUUAAAAGAACACCUAGUACCAUUAUUAGAAAAACACCUAGUGCCAUUACAAAUACAACACCUAGUACCAUUAUUAAAACAACACCUAGUACCAUUCGUAGUACAACACCUAAUGCCAUUAUUAAUACAACACCAAGUGCAUAUAUUAAUACAAUACCGAGUACCUUUAAUAAUACAACACCUAGUACCACUAUUAAUGCAACACCGGGUGCUUAUAUUAAUACAUCACAGAGUGCCAUUAUUAAUACAACACCUAGUCCCAUUAUUAAUACAAAACCUAGUACCAUUAUUAAUACAAAACCUAGUACCAUUAUUAAUACAACACCUAAUGCCAUUAUUAAUACAACACCUAAUACCAUUAUUAAUACAACACAGAGUGCCUAUAUUAAUACAUCACCAAGUAUCUUUAUUAAUACAACACCUAUUACCAUUAUUAAUACAACAACUAGUCCCAUUAUUAAUACAACACCAAGUGCCUAUAUUAAUACAACACCUAGUACCAUUAUUAAUACAACACCUAGUACUAUUAUUAACAGAGCACCUAGUACCACUAUUAAUAGAACAUCUAGUACCAUUAUUAAUACAACACUUAGUGCCAUUGUUAAUACAACACCUAGUUCCAUUAUUAAUAGAACACCUAAUACAAUUAUUAAUACAACACCUAGUGCGAUUAUUAAUGCAACACCUAGUGCCAUUAUUAAUACAACACCUAGUACCAUUAUUAACAGAACAACUAGUACUAUUAUUAAUGUAACACCUAGUGCCAUUAUUAAUGAAAUACCUAGUGCCAUCAUUAAU